UCAGAAAUGGCAACUUGCGCGGUGGAGGUGUUCGGGCUCCAGGAGGACGAGGAAAAUUCACGAAUUGUGAGGGUGAAAGUAAUAGCUGGAAUAGGCCUUGCCAAGAAGGAUAUCUUGGGAGCUAGUGAUCCUUACGUGAGAGUGACGUUAUAUGACCCGAUGAAUGGAGUUUUUACAAGUGUGCAAACAAAAACCAUUAAAAAGUCUUUGAAUCCAAAGUGGAAUGAAGAAAUACUAUUCAGAGUAAGUAUGAAUUUUAUUUUAUUAUAACAGAAAAAGAUUUUACUGUAGGUUAGAAUUGUAAA